ACCAACCCUACUCAUCUUGUCUAGGGUUUUAGCAAAGCAAAGCGUCCCCAUCUUGGAGACUUGGAGUUGGGCCUCCUCACCCACACCCGUCUCGCCGGAAUCCAUCCAUGCCGCGCCGGCGAUUCUAGCCAGCUAGGGUUUCUCCUCCUCCUUCGCCCGCAGUCGGAUGAAUGGACUCCACCGACUCCUCCUCCCUGGCGGCCUCCUCGGGCGCCGCCUCCCCCUACUACGUCCACCACCGCCCCUCCCCAUCCCCAUCCACCGCCGCCUUCCCCUCCCCUCCCCCUCCCCCUCCCCCUCCGCCGCCUGACGCCUACCACCAACACCCGCUCGACGUCUUCUCCUUCCCCAUGGGCCCCGACCCCCACAUUCCCCACGCCCCCGCCACCGCCACCGCCUCGCAGGACGACCUCGGCAGGAAGAAGCGCGGCCGCCCCCGCAAGUACAAGCCCGACGGCUCCGGGCUCAUCCCCACGGCGCCGUCUCCCUGCACCGCCAUCGUCCCCGUCACCCCCGGCUCCGGGGGUGGACCCUCCUCCGAGAAGCGCCGCGGCCGACCCCCCGGCUCCGGCAAGAUGCAGCAGCUCGCCUCCCUCGGGAAAUCUUUCCUCGGCACCGUCGGCACCGGGUUCACUCCCCAUGUCAUCAUCAUCCCAUCAGGAGAGGAUGUCGCAGCGAGGAUAAUGUCCUUCUCACAACAGGGCCCAAGGGCGGUCUGCAUCAUGUCAGCAUCAGGGGCUGUCUCCACAGCAACCCUUCAUCAGGAUGCGGGCUCCGGCAGCGUAGUUAAAUAUGAGGGCCGAUUCGAAAUCCUGUGCCUCUCUGGAUCAUACCUUGUUAUAGAUGACGGUGUUUCACGCACUCGGAAUGGAGGGCUAUGCAUAGCGCUGUGUGGCGCUGAUCACAGGGUUAUUGGAGGAAGCGUUGGUGGAGUCCUGACAGCAGCCGGGACAGUUCAGGUGAUUGUGGGGAGCUUCAUGUACGCGGGGUCGAAGAAGAGCAGGAAGGGCAAGGCUGGACAGGAGGCUGCUACCGGGGAGGAAGAGCAGACCGGCGAUGCUAAUGGGGGCAGGGGUGGAGGUGGAGUGGGAGGCGAGGCGGAGGAAGAGGCCCCUUCGCCGCUGAUGCCGAUGCCCCGCGGAGAGGAGGAGCUGCCGUCGGAUGCGAUGAUGGGCGGGUGGGCGGGCAUGAUGCGGCAGAUGGAGUCGCGCUCCUGCGGCAUCGACAUCAACUCGAUCCGGGAGUGAACGAUGUAGAUUGUUUAGUUUGGUACGGCGGAGGUUCAGCCUAGGCUAGCUAGUGGAUGAUGAUUCUAGGGGUUGGUUGGGUUGGGUUGGUUGCGUGUCUCUCCUGCGUGGGUUUAAAAAGAAGUCUAGUUUAGUAUAAUGAAUGUCGUCGAGUAUGAUCAAUUUAACCGAAGAUGUUGGCAGAUCUAUGAUAGAAAUAGUGGAUUCGGUUGUUGGUUGAUGGUCUGGUAUGAUCUGGUAUGGUAUGUAGUUAUAGGCAGCAGCAGCAAUGAGCAACUUGUAGCUAUUCUCUUGGUUGCAGACAGACAGACUUUGACAGUUUUGUUUUUCCUUGUUA